AUGAUACCCAUGGAACCAAGGAACCGAACCAGCGCAUUAGAAUUCAUCCUCCUGGGGCUUUCAGAAACUCCAGAGCAGGAGACACUCCUCUUUGCUUUGUUCCUCUGCAUGUAUGUGGUCACAGUACUGGGGAACCUGCUCAUCAUCCUGGCCAUCAGCUCAGACUCCCACAUCCACACCCCCAUGUACUUCUUCUUAGCUAACCUGUCUUUGGUUGAUUUCUGCCUGGCCACCAACACAGUCCCCAAGAUGCUGGUGAACAUCCAAAUCAGGAGCAAGUCAAUCUCCUAUGCCUGCUGCCUGACCCAGAUGUACUUUUUCCAUUUCUUUGGCAUCAUGGACAGUGUCCUGAUUGCUGUGAUGGCUUAUGACAGGUUUGUGGCUAUAUGUCACCCCUUACACUAUACCGCCAUCAUGAGCCCACGCCUCUGUGGCCUGCUGGCAGGUGGCCCAUGGGUGUUUUCCUGCUUCAUCUCCCUCACUCAUAUUCUCCUGAUGGCUCGUCUGGUUUUCUGUGGGAACAAUGAGCUACCUCACUUCUUCUGUGACCUCACUCCCCUUCUCAGGCUUUCUUGCACUGACACGUCUGUGAACAAGAUCUUUGUGCUCAUUGUGGCUGGGCUGGUGAUAGCUACACCUUUUAUCUGCAUCCUGGCCUCCUAUGCUCGCAUCAUUGUGGCCAUCAUGAAAGUCCCUUCUGCAGGGGGCAGGAAGAAAGCCUUUUCCACCUGCAGCUCCCACCUCUCUGUGGUUGCUCUCUUCUAUGGGACCACCAUCGGGGUCUAUCUGUGUCCCUCCUCUGUCCGCACAGCUGUGAAGGAGAAAGCCUCUGCUGUGAUGUACACUACAGUCACCCCCAUGCUGAACCCCUUUAUCUAUAGCUUGAGGAACAGAGAUCUGAAGGGAGCCCUGAGGAAGCUUGUCAACAGAAAGAUCACCUCAUCUUCCUGA